AUGAGCGAAUAUCCGACCGCGUUCCGCGCAGCUCAAGUCCUAGGCUUGACAGGCGCCGCCUGGCUCUCAGGCAAUAUGUUCGCCCUAAGCCUUAUCACCACCCCGGCCCUCGUCCAAUCCCUCCACGAAAAACAAGUCACCCCGUCCACCGCUGCCAAAUUAUGGGCCAACAUCUACAAUACCGGCAAGUUGCAGAACCCGCCCAUCGCGGCCGCGACCGCCGCAGUCUUGUUCUACCUGGCCUGGGCUGUCCGUGAUGGAACGGCAUUGUCGCUGUUGGUGGGGCCGAAUAGUAGUUUGUUGUAUGCUGCUUCGGGGGCGUUGACCGUGGGUAUUGUUCCGUUUACGCUUACGUUUAUGAUGGGGACGAAUCGGGAGCUGGAGGCAAAGGUGGGGUCCAAGGAUGAGAUUGAGGCGACGAGGACGGAGGUCGAGUCGCUUUUGGAGAGAUCGGGGGUGCUGAAUGCUGUGAGGGGAGGGUUGCCUCUGGUUGGGGCGGUGGCUGCGGCGCUUGCUGCGAUUGCUUGA